CAGCCCAGCAUGUUUUAAACUAGACUGACCCUCUUAGAGAUGACUUCUUUAAAUAGUCAGUGUUUUAAAUUCUGUCUGAUGUAACAUUUAACAGUUUUAUUUUUUUUUAAAUAGUCUGUGUGGAUGCUAUUCAUAUAUGAUUUCUUACAUGUAAUGUUUUUUUUUAUCUAUUUUUACUUUUUGCCAGAUCUCCCAUGAAAAAGAGAUUAUUAAUAUCAAUGGUGACUUUCCUGGUUAAAUAAAGUUUUCUCUAAAUAAAUAAGAAGGUGCUUCAGUGAAACUUUCAGGGCAGGUUAAUGUGUGCGGAGGAGGGCUGGGCAGAAGAAAAAAUGCAGAAGUUUCCCUCAGGAGAGUAUUAGCCCAUCAAAACGGUUCUGACCAACGGAACAGCAGGGACUGGAAGAACCUUCCUUGUGCAGAACUUUGUGCUGGACUGGGCUGAACAAAAUUAUCACCCCCGUCAGCAAUUUCAAUGCGGCGCAGGCGAAGUUAAAGUGUAAACUAGCAGACGUAAACCGGAACCAGCAGAAAGCCAAAGUCCACAUGACUUUGGCCCUGGAGACAUUUUACGGUUUAUUAGGAGCUCAGAAACCAGCAGAACCAGCCGGAUCCUUCAUGUUGGAGCUGCCAUGACACCAGAGGACCUCCUAAACACUUUGGAUAAUCUUGGCAAUGAGGAGUUCAUCAGAUUCAAAUGGUUCCUGCAGCAAAUGGACGGCCUUCACGGCGUCCCGGCCAUCAAGAAGAGCGCGCUCCAGACGGCGGAGCGAGAGGACGCCGUUGAUGUGAUGGUUCAGACUUACACGCUUCCUGGAGCUCUGAGCGUCAGCAGGAAGGUUUUAGAAAAGAUCAACAGGUACGAUCUGCUGCAGAGUUUGUCAGUCAGCAGCUCAGACCCAGAAGUCCAUGAUGUCAGUGAUGCUGAGGAGUCGUCUGGGAACUCAGGACCCGCCUCCUCUCAGACUCAGGCACCUCCUCCUCAGAGAGACGAUCCGAUGGUUCCGGUUCCUGAACCAAAGCCCAUCAGGUUCUACCAGCAGAUGCUUCAGUCAAACUUCCAGGACAGGUUCCUGUGCGCACAGGAGGGCUGGGCAGAAGAGAAGCAGCGUCUGGUGGAUAUCUACACCGAGGUUUACGUCACCGCCGGCUGCGACGUUCACAUCAACACGCAGCAUGAGGUGCGGCAGAUGGAGAAGGUGCUGAAGCCAGCAGCAGAGAUACGAGUGAAGCCCAGAGACAUGUUCCUCCAUCCCUCAGGAGAGUACCAGCCCAUCAGAACCGUCCUGACCAAUGGGAUCGCGGGGAUUGGCAAAACCUUCCUUGUGCAGAAGUUGGUGUUGGACUGGGCUGAACAGAGAUCCAACCAAGAUGUGCAUCUGGUUUUCCCCUUCACCUUCCGCCAGCUGAACCCGCUGAGAGCAGAACGUUUCAGUCUGGCGCAGCUCAUCCAUGAAUGCAUCCCAGAAACUGCAGACAUACAGGAGGAGGCCCUGAACUACGUCUUCCAGGCUCUGCAGUCCUCUGGAAACAGCAACUAUGACAAAAGUCAAUUCAAGCUGCUGUUUGUGCUGGACGGCCUGGACGAGAGCCGCCUUCACCUGGACCUCCACGCUGACCACAUCCGAUCUGUGGACGCCACAAAGACGAGCACAGCAGAGGUUCUGCUGAGGAAACUCAUCAGUGGCAGACUGCUGCGCUCGGCUCGACUCUGGAUAACAUCCAGACCGGCAGCCAGCGGUCAGAUCCCUCGACAGUUUGUCAGCAGCGUGACGGAGGUCCGAGGCUUCACCGACCUUCAGAAGGAGGAGUACUUCAGGAAGAGGUUCAGAGACGAAGAGCAGGCCGGCAGGAUCAUCGCCCACAUCAAGGCGUCGCAGAGCCUCCACAUCAUGUGCCACAUCCCAGUCUUCUGCUGGAUCACAGCCACCGUCCUGGAGGACAUGCUGGCCAGCAGAGACACAGGAGAGCUGCCCAGCAGCCUGACUGAGAUGUACACAGAGUUCCUGGUGUUCCACAUGGACCGCACUAAGGAGAAAUACGGCUCUGAGAAGUCUAUUCAGUACAUCGCAUCCUUGGCAAAGCUGGCUUACCAGCAGCUGGAGAAGGGCAACAUGAUCUUCUACAGGAAGGACCUGAUGGAGAGCAGCGUGGAUCUGAAAGAGGCCUCGGUGUGCUCCGGGGUUUUCACAGAGAUCUUCAGAGAAGAGCGAGGCAGGAGAGACAAAGAGAACAGGUUUAGCUUUGUCCAUCUGAGCGUCCAGGAGUUCCUGGCUGCUCUUUAUGUGCGCAUGUCUCUCAGUAACGGCAGAAAAAACGCCUUAUUCACACAGCGACCAAUAAAAAACAUUCGACUUAUACUAACCAAAGCAUCUUCAGCUAAGAUCCACAGGAUUUACAUCGACCGAGCCUUGGAGUCUCCAAACGGACACUUGGACCUGUUCCUCCGCUUCUUCCUGGGUCUGUCUCUGCACAGAAACCACGGUAAGCUGAAGGAGCUGCUGGAUGGGGCGAGCAGCAGUCUGGGCACGAAUCAGAAAACGGUCGGCUACAUCAAGAAGAAGAUCAGCGAGAACCUGUCUGCAGAGAAAAGCAUCAACCUGUUCCACUGCCUGAACGAGCUGGACGAGCGUUCCCUGGUGGAGGACAUCCAGCAGUCCCUGAGCUCCGGACGUCUCUCCACAGACAAGCUGUCCCCGGCUCAGUGGUCCGCUCUGGUCUUCCUCCUCCUCUCAACAGAUCUGCUCGUCUUCGACCUGAAGAAGUACUCUGCUUCAGAGGAGGCUCUGCUGAGGCUGCUGCCGGUGGUCAGAGCCUGCAGCACGGCUCUGCUGGGUGGAUGUGAGCUGACGGAGCGAGGCGGUGCAGCUCUGGGCUCUCUGCUCUCCUCCUGCUCGGCUCUGAAGGAUCUGGACCUGAGCAACAACCUCCUGCAGGACGCUGGAGUGAAGCGGCUGCUGGCUGGCAUGGGCGGUCCAGACUGCCAGCUGGAGACUCUGCGGUUACAGCAGGUUGGCAUCACAGGACAAAGCUGCCAGGACUUGUCCUCCGUCCUGGGCUCAGAGUUCUGCUGUCUGAGGGAACUGGACCUGAGCAGCAACGAGCUGCAGGACUCAGGAGUGAAGCUGCUCUGUGCGGCGCUGGAAGGUCCUCGCUGUCCUGUGGAAACUCUCAGGUUAAAUCAAACGUCUCUCACAGACCGAGGCUGCGAGGCGCUCGCGUCGGUGUUCUGCUCCGAGUCCUCCAAGCUCAGACAGCUGGAGCUGGAUAACAACGACCUCGGCGACGCAGGAAUACGGUUUCUCUCUGCUGGACUUCAGAGUUCUCACUGCAUUCUGGAAACUCUCAGGCUGUCAGGCUGCAGGCUCUCAGAGGGGGGCUGCGCUCUCUUGGGGUCCGCUUUGAGGUCCAAGCCAUCCCAUCUCAUGGAGCUGGACCUGAGCUACAAUCAUCCUGGAGACGCAGGAACUAAGAUGCUUUCUGCUUUACUGGAGGAUCCACUCUGCAAACUACAAACUCUGGGACUGGAACAUGGUGGAGAACAGAGACUGAAACCUGGCCUCAGCAAGUAUUUCCGUGAGCUGACCCUGGAUGAGAACACGGCCCACAGGAAGCUGCGGCUGUCCCACAGCAGCAGGAAGGCGGCGGUGGUGAGGGAGCAGCAGCCGUACCCAGAUCACCCCCACAGGUUUCACUUCUGCCAGCUGCUCUGCACCGAGGCUCUGACGGGCCGCGCCUACUGGGAGGUGGAGUGGGAAGGAGUGGUUCACAUCGCCGUGAGUUACUCUGCAAUCAGAAGGAAAGGAACCAGAAGGGACUGCUUGUUUGGACUGAACGGCCAGUCCUGGAGUCUGAGCUGCUCAGAUGUGGGCUACGCCGUGUGCCACGAUGAAGAGGAGGUUGUCCUCUCCUCCUCCUCCGUCUCCAGAAGGGCAGCAGUGUAUGUGGACUGUCCUGCUGGGGUUCUGUCCUUCUACAGAGUCUCCUCUGACUCUCUGACCCACCUCUACACCUUCAACACCACCUUCACCGCACCUCUGUACGCUGGCUUUGGUUUCUGGUUCGGUGGCUCUGAAUCCUCCGCCUCGCUGUGUUCUCUGCAGGACAAGAAAGCUCCUCCUGGUGGACCCUGUUAGGAGAAACACUUUUCUUUUCUUUAGGGAACGUCUUUAUGUUGCCACUGAAGAGACAAUGCAGCUGAAUUUAAAAUGCAUGUGAAGAAAAUCUCCAGUUUGGUUAAUCUGGAAAAGGCUCAGAUUGUGUUGGUUUUUUAAAGUUUCUGUCAAAUAAAAUAUCUUGACAGAAAUCCACCUUCAUGCAUGCUCAGUAUGAGGGAUUGCU